AUGGUAUUAAAAGUUGUUUAUUACAAAAAAAGAGAAAAAAAUCAAACGUUAGAUGAUAUUACAAAUAAUGAAUCAAUUAAUAAUACAAAUGAAUAUGAUCUAUCUGACGAUUCAGACCUUUCUUACAUAAUUGAAUCUUAUGAUGAUCAAAAUGAAGAAGAGACUGAAGAAACAAAUGAUGAUGCAGUAAAAUUAUUAAAAGAUAUUCGUAAAAGUUUUACAAAUACAGAAGAAUUAAAAGAAGAUGAAUUUAAAGACAACAAUAUAGUUUUUAGUUUUCAAAAUUAUUUAUUUGGAGUAAAUAAAGAACAUAAUAUAUUUAACUUACAAAAUAGAAUUACAUUAGACGAUAAAAUACUCGAUUAUCCAACUGAACCAUAUAGUAAUACAAAUUCAAAUUUUUUUAAUACUCGUUCAAUAAAUAAUAAUAGUUCAACGUUUAACAAUGAUGAUUCUAACAACAGCAUUAUUCGUGAAUCCAGAAAUUUUUCCAACCAAAUGAAUAUUUCUGAAAUUUCUUCCGAUAAACAAAUUGAUUCAAACAUUAAUACCUUAAUUGAAAUGCAAAGAGAUAGUACAAAAUUUUCUGCUGAAAUCACUAAAACUAUUUCAAAAUUAAACAACACAUUAAAUACAAUCAAUCAAAAUCAGGUCGUGUUACAUAAAACCAUCGAAUCUCAUUUCAUAAAAAUUACUGAAUCUUUAAAUUAUCUCAUACAACCACAACAACAACAACAACAACAACAACAACAACAACAACAACAACAACAACAACAACAACAACAACAACAACAACAACAACAACAACAACAACAACAACAACCACAACACAACAACAACAACACACAAGUACAACCACCACCACCAUCACAACAACUACCACCACCACCAAAACCACAACCACAACUACCAAAACCACAACCACAAAAACCACAACCACAACUACCAAAACCACCACAACAACCAAAACCACCACAAGAACCACAACCAGAUUUAACAUCAUUAUUAAAACCAAAAAUUAAAAAACAACCACCAAAAGAACAACAACAAGAACAACAACAACAACCACCACAAGAACAACAACAACAACAACCACAAGAACAACAACAACAACAACAACAACAACAACAACAACAACAACAACAACAACAACAACAACAACAACAACAACAACAACCACAAGAACAACAACAACAACAACAAGAACCACAACACAAAACAACUACCACAACAACACAAAACAACUACCACAACAACAACAACAACAACACAACAACUCCCACAACAAGAACCAGAUUCACCACCACCAACUUACACUGA